UGUCGCAGUGGGAGCGCGCAGAGGAAGGGAGGGCAAUCUCGUCCGGACACUAAUAAGACCCAAUGGCUGGUGCAAGGUGGCCAGGAGCGCUGGGACGCGACAGAAGACGGUGGAUGAAGGAGAGAAGGAGGGGGAAAAAACAACACAACUCAUUUUUAUGCAUGAACAAAGAGGAUGAGAGCGUCCACAGGAGUGUGCGUGUAGGAACUGCGGGGAGUCAGGGAGGGAGCCGACGGGCUUCAGGCGUGCGCCACUUUGUGUGUCUGGUGAGGGGAAGUGCUUGGAGAGAGAAGCGGUAAGUGAGCAGAAACCCUGAAAGAACACCUGUGCACAGACAGGUUGCUGUGGAGGACGCGUGUAGAGAUGACCUCCAGCGCGCAGGACUGUUGAACUCUUCUAUUCUGAUCAGAGGGUGAAAACUGUCAAAAGAAGUUCCAACGAAUUCCAAUGUUUAGUAAGUUUUUGUGAUUUUAAAAAUAAUAUCACCAAUACUCCAUGAUCUGGAAUGGACCGAGCUCUGAUCCUCAUUCACAUGCUAUCACACAUCUGGACCUGGGCUGUCACUGUAGGCACUGUGAGCCACUGACCCCUGGGAGCCCCAACCCUCCCCCCCAAUGAAGCAGUCCCGGUGGGCCCGCCUGGCACAGCCCGGCCUGCUCGCCGCCUGGACCUGUAUAUGGCUGGUGCAGGGAUGUGGACCGGGUCCUGGGUACGGCAUACGCCCCAGGCCCAGGAAGCUCACGGCCAUGCACUACAAGCAGUUCUUCCCCAACUUCUCAGAGAACAACCUCGGGGCCAGCGGGAGAGCAGAGGGCAAGAUCACACGCAACUCAGAGCACUUCAAUGAACUUGUGUGCAACUACAAUCCAGACAUUGUCUUCAAGGAUGAGGAGAACACCAACGCUGACCGCUUCAUGACCAAGCGAUGCAAGGACUGUUUGAACAGGUUGGCUAUUGCAGUGAUGAACCAGUGGCCAGGGGUACACUUACGUGUGACAGAGGCCUGGGAUGAAGACGGACACCAUCCUCCUGGCUCUCUGCACUAUGAGGGCCGUGCUGUGGACAUAACCACUGAUGACAGAGAGACAGAGAAGUAUGGUCUCCUCGCCCAGCUGGCUGUGGAGGCUGGCUUUGACUGGGUCCACUACGAGUCCAAAUAUCACAUCCACUGCUCAGUAAAAGCUGAUCACUCCGUUGCAGUGGAAAAGGGAGGCUGUUUCCCAGGCUGGGCCCGGGUGACUGUCGCUGGAGGAGGACAGAAGAGCCUGUCAUCAUUGGCUCCUGGGGACAGAGUCAUGGCCCUGUCUGGGACAGGCCAGGUCGUGUUCAGCCAAGUCAUCUUGUUUUUGCACCGCGACCAAGAAAGCUGUUCUACUUUUCUGUGUCUGGAGACAGAGGAUGGCCACAGAUUGGCCCUUACUGCACAUCACUUGAUCUUUUUAGCUCACCACUGCAGACUCGACAGCAGUGAGUACCAGGCUCUGUUUGCUAACAGAGCCAAAACAGGAGACUGUGUUCUCGUCCAUACAGCAGAGGGUCGUGUGCGUCCUUCUCGAAUCAUCUCAGUUUCAGUAGAGGAGAGUAUAGGAGUGUAUGCGCCCCUGACAGAGGCUGGAACAUUGUUCGUUGAUGGAGUUCUUGCAUCCAACUAUGCGCUGGUGGAACACCACAGUCUCGCACACUGGGCGUUUGGUCCUCUGCGCCUCCUCUCCUCAUUCAAUCAGCUACUAUGGGGGGAGACAACCAAAGAACAGCAGACCCCUGAGAGUGAAGCAGCUUGCAAUAAAGCUCCAUUUCAUAGUAGCACUUUUCCCAUUAAGGACAAAGCAUAUGUAUAUGUGAAUAAGGAUAUUUUAGACAAACAAGACAAUCUGAGUGAACCUCUGGGGAUGGAAGAGAAGCAUCUUUCUGAAAGACAGAAAUCACACGUGCACUGGUAUGCUAGAUUACUGUACAGUUUUGGAUGGAUCUUUUUAGACUCCCAAUCAUUUCAUCCUUAAAAACUUCCAAGUUCAGACUCAAGUCGUCACAAGUCAUACAGCAGCCUUGAUACAUUUACGCUAACACUUCCUGUUCUGUUCUUCAAUAAAUUAAAAGCAUUGGA